GGGUUUAUAUUCUUAAGUUUCUAAAUACAAGCCUUCCUUUUUACCGUUCAUCUCUGUUACGCUUAGAAAAUCCAACGGCGGAAACAGAACAGGCGCCGCCUCCGUCGGACCAACUCGCCGCGAUGAAAUUGACGAACGCCGUUGAGAAACAUGCGUUCUCCGACCGUGUCCUGAUCCGUUCAAUCGUCGGCCGACCAGACGGCGGAGCUGGCCUUGAUGGGCAAAGAGUCCGGGUUGGUGGUUGGGUAAAGACAGGGAGGGAGCAAGGAAAAGGGACUUUCGCGUUCUUGGAACUGAAUGACGGAUCGUGCCCGGGGAACUUGCAGGUCAUUAUCGACGCCGGAGUUGCUGUUCUGAGCAAGCUGGUGGCGACCGGCACGUGCGUGGUGGUGGAUGGAAUAUUGAAGGUCCCACCUGAAGGCACGAGGCAGAAGAUUGAGUUUCGGGUCGAAAAAGUGGUUUCUGUAGGCGAGGUGGAUCCUGCUAAGUACCCUAUUCCGAAAACGAAGCUCACGCUUGAGUUCUUGAGGGAUCAUCUUCAUCUUCGUUCAAGGACCAACACGAUUGCUGCCCUUGCUCGAAUUCGGAACGCACUUGCAUUUGCUACUCAUUCAUUCUUCCAAGAGCACAAUUUCCUUUAUGUGCACACUCCAAUUAUAACUACUAGUGAUUGUGAAGGUGCCGGCGAGAUGUUUCAAGUGACAACUUUGAUUAGUGAAUCUGAAAAGGUGGAGAAGGAACUGAUUAAAAACCCUCCUCCGUCCGAGGCGGAUAUACAAGCAGCUAGGCAACUUGUGAGUGCGAGAGGAGAGGCUGUUAAACAACUUAAAGCUGCUAAAGCUAGCAAAUCGGAUAUCACCAUAUCUGUGGCCGAACUUAACAAAGCAAAGGAAAAUCUCUCUAAGUUGGAGGAGAGAUCUAAAUUGAAACCCGGGAUUCCGAAAAGAGAUGGCAAGAUCGACUACACUCAAGAUUUCUUUGCUCGUCAAGCUUUUCUGACCGUGUCCGGUCAACUGCAAGUUGAAACAUAUGCUUGUGCUGUUAGUAAUGUGUAUACAUUUGGGCCAACUUUCCGGGCUGAACACUCUCAUACUUCAAGGCAUUUGGCAGAAUUUUGGAUGGUAGAGCCUGAAAUAGCAUUUGCAGAUCUUCAGGAUGACAUGAAAUGUGCCGAGGCUUAUGUGAAGUACAUGUGUAAUUGGUUGCUUGAUAAAUGCCUAGAUGAUAUGGAAUUCAUGGCUAAAAGUUAUGAUAAAGGUUGUAUCGAUCGGUUGAAAAUGGUUGCUUCGACUCCCUUUGUGCAAAUAACAUACACAGAAGCGGUGGAGCUUUUAGAGGAAGCUGUGAAAGGUGGUAAGAAAUUUGAGAAUGAAGUGAAGUGGGGGAUUGAUUUAGCUUCUGAGCAUGAAAGAUUCUUGACAGAAGUUAAAUUUCAAAAACCUGUUAUUGUUUAUAACUACCCAAAGGGAAUAAAAGCAUUCUACAUGAGGCUCAAUGAUGACUUGAAGACUGUUGCUGCUAUGGAUGUCCUUGUGCCAAAGGUUGGAGAACUGAUCGGGGGUAGCCAAAGGGAAGAGCGUUACGAUGUCAUUCGGGAAAGAAUUUCAGAGAUGGGACUGCCCCUUGAGCCAUACGAGUGGUAUCUUGACCUCCGGCGUUUUGGAACCGUUAAACAUUGUGGAUUCGGGUUAGGCUUUGAACGAAUGAUACUCUUUGCGACUGGCAUCGACAACAUUAGAGAUGUUAUUCCCUUCCCAAGAUACCCCGGGAGAGCUGAUCUUUGAUUGUGUUUCCAGAGAAAAUGGUCUUUAUUUUCAGUUCUAAAAUACUCAAGGAUAUUAUUAUUACAUACUCGGAAAAGAAAUUGUAGUACGUAAAACCGUUUCUUCAUUUUCGCUCUUGCUCUGUUUCAUCCUUAACAGGUUCCUCACAUAUGGGAUUUUAGUCCUAUUUAGUUAUUAUUUUCCAAUGCAAUAAGAGACCUAUUUGUUC